UGAGGAAAACGCAAACAACAACAUUUUUUGCUCAAUGCACAGAAAUCUUUUGACCGUCUGUUGAGUUACGCUUUUGAUUUUUGAUUAUUCUCAAGUGUUUUGGGUGGUUGCCGGUCUAUAAGCCAAAUAUAUGGUAAUGGCAGAGAUUGGUGGCCAUUUGGCUCACCAGCUACCAUUGCACAAUCACAAUCACAAUCACAAUCAAACUGGAUUACAGCCAUCGCUGGUGAUGAAUCAUCACCUGGAUUUGGAUUGUCACGGCCAUGAUGUGAUAAAAAAACAACGUUUGUCGCAUUGUGUGGGCUGUGGUGGUCAAAUACACGAUCAGUAUAUACUGCGCGUUGCCCCCGAUCUGGAAUGGCAUGCGGCGUGCCUAAAGUGCCAGGAAUGCAGGCAAUUUCUGGACGAGAGCUGUACGUGUUUUGUGCGUGAUGGCAAAACCUAUUGCAAGCGUGAUUAUGUUAGGUUAUUUGGUACAAAAUGUGAUAAAUGCGGUAACUCCUUUAGCAAAAAUGAUUUUGUGAUGAGAGCCAAAACGAAAAUCUUUCACAUCGAGUGUUUUCGUUGUUCAGCGUGUGCCCGACAACUGCUGCCAGGCGAUGAAUUCGCGUUACGAGAUGCGGGCGCCUUGUACUGUAAGGAGGAUCACGAUGUGCUCGAGAAAUCAUCGCAAAGUAGUCUAACAUCAUCAUCAGUGGAGAGCAACAACAACAUUAGCAGUAGUAAUAACAACAAUACAAAUCAUAGCAAUAAUAACCAUUCCAGCGAAUUGGGUUCAAUGUCAGAUUCUGGCAGCGAAUCGGGCUCACAUAAAAGUAUUAGGGAAAAGCGUCCCUCGGGUCCAUCGGAUGGCAAGCCGACGAGAGUGCGCACCGUACUCAAUGAAAAGCAGCUGCAUACGCUGAGAACCUGCUACAAUGCUAAUCCGCGACCUGAUGCACUCAUGAAGGAGCAACUGGUUGAGAUGACCGGUCUGUCACCUCGAGUCAUACGCGUCUGGUUCCAGAACAAGCGCUGCAAGGACAAAAAGAAAACCAUACAAAUGAAACUGCAAAUGCAACAGGAGAAGGAGGGUCGCAAACUGGGAUAUGGCGCCAUGCAGGGUAUACCAAUGAUUGCCAGUUCGCCGGUGCGACAUGAUUCACCAUUAAAUCUGCAGGGUCUGGAUGUGCAGACAUAUCAACCGCCAUGGAAAGCCUUAAGCGAUUUUGCCCUGCAUGCCGAUCUGGAUAGCAAUGGGGCCAUCAAUACGCAUACGCCUGCAUUUCAACAGCUUGUCAAUCAGAUGCAUGGCUAUGAUUUGAAUGGAAUGCCAGUGCUGCCACCGCAUCCGCCGCAGGGACCACACCCACCACCGCCGGGGCAACAAAUGAAUGGGCCGCCUGGGGGCAGCAGUUUGGACUCGGGGAUAACGUCGCACCAUCAUCCGGAUAGCACAGACUCGUACGUGACCUACCUGGAGAGCGAUGACAAAUCCAAGCUGGCGCUGACGCCAUCGUCCUCGUCAUCGGCAUCGGCAGCCACAUCGAUCUCAUCGCCACCGUCAUCAACAGCUGCCGGUGGUCUAGGCGUAGGUGGUGGGGUGGGACUAGUAGGCGUAGGAGUGGGCGUGGGCGUGGGUGGUGGCAAUCAGUCGGCAACGGAGCAGCUCAUGCAAAUGCUACAGAAAGUUACCGGCUCGCCGGCAUCAGUCCUCUGAGCACAAGCCCAACUUUGUCAGCUGGCGAGGAUACAGAUGCAGAUACAGAUUCACAUACAGAUGCAGAUACACAUACAGAUACAUAUACAGUUACUGAUGCUGCAGCUGCUGUAAAACAGCGUAAACAGCUCACGGGCUUGUGCAAUGUGGCGAAGCUUUUGCGCAAUUUUCUCGUCUCGUUUUUUGAUUCGGUGCCAAAAAUAGUCUGUAGGCCAUUGGCUGGCUUUAAUCUGGGUCUGGCCAGGCUCUACCUCAGCACCCAGCACCCAAUCUUAUGCCACUCCCCCUCCCCUGUCUCUGCCUCUGCCUCUGGCUUAUGUGCAAGAGGGCGGGAACGGUGGCGGGUUUCGGUACAGAAACGGAGACAGGCAGUUGUCAGUUUCAAGUUUCAUUUUGCUGUUUCUUUGUUAUGUAAUAUACAUUUUUGUUGUUCAUUUUCGAAUUAAAUUAAUUACACAAAAACAAAAAAAAAGAAUGCUCAUACACUUGAAAAGUUUUAACAAUAAUUUCGCAUUAAAAAAGCUCGUCAAGGAGGGAAUUUCAUUCAACACAAAUUGUACAUAACUUUUAUAUAUAAACAUAUACAUAUAUUUUCAUUAAAAAUGCAAAAAAGAAAUCGAAAGAAACAACCACACAAAAUUCAUAAGCGUACAUAAAAAAAUGAAUAAAAAAUUCGAGAAAUUGACUAUAAACAAAAAAAUUAAAUAAAAUCAUCGUGUGUAUCAUAUGGUAUAUAUUAAUAUAUAUACGGCAAAGUAAAGUAAACUAUACAAAAAACGAACUUGGCAAGUUGUAAAUCGAAUUAACGGAAACAUGUUCAUAAGUUCAUUGAAUUGUAUUGCGAAACACAAAAAUGCAAACAAAUGAAACGUAUAUAAGUGAGAAACUGUAACUAAAUCUAGACUUAUUUGUUAGUUUUUUUAAUAUGUAUUUCCAUUAACACAAAGAGUAAAUAGAAAAUAAAAAUAAAUCGAAUGCAAAUUGUAAGGGAGCGAACGUACCAAGGAUGUUUAUAAAUUGUUUCGUGAAACAACUAAUGUAUUUUCAAUAAUAUUUAACUAAUAUUAAUAAUAAACAGUGCAUAAGUAAUUUUAGUAACUAUAGAAAAUGUUUAAAUGAAAUUACAAACGAAAAUAAAUAACAAAAAUCAUCA